UUGCCCCAUCCAGGAGGUCUUCUCCCUCCUGUCCCGGCCUCCAGGAAUGGCAGUCACCGGGCCGCGGCCGUCGGCCGUGGUAACCAGUGUCCAGUGAGACCCCACCCCUUCCCGCGCGGUCAUAAUGAUUUGACCCCUCCACCUCCCGCUGCUCCCACUGUUCACUCACUCUCUAUAUAACCCCGUCGCCUUCCUUCCCGUCGUCUCGCAUCGAUCGCACACCACCCAAGUUCAGCUCCAGCUUGAGCAAACCCAAGCAGCUCCACCACCUUCCCAGCUAGCUGCCACAGCCCCGUUUUGCUUCCAGCUCGAUCGUGGGGAUGGGGAGAGGGCUGGGGUCGAAGAGCAGGGUGGAAUCGGAGGUGGAGGAGGAGGAGUACGAGGUGGAGGUGGUGCCGGACCGGCUCAAGUCGUCCCGGAACAGCCGCCUCGCGCUCUUCGGCUCCGAGCUCCGCCUCGACCGCUUCCGGCCGCGCCGCCGGCGAAGAAGACGAGCCGCCGCCGAUGGCGAGGACGGCUUCUUCCACGACCUCAUCAUCCACCCCGAGAACAAGUGGUAUCGGAUAUGGUCCAGGUUCAUAUUGGUAUGGGCAGUGUAUAGUUCCUUCUUUACGCCUUUUGAAUUCGGGUUCUUCAGGGGACUACCCAAGAGACUAUUCUUCUUGGACAUAGCUGGGCAGAUUGCAUUCCUUAUUGAUAUUGUUCUGAAGUUUUUUGUGGCCUACCGUGACCCUGACACGUACCGGAUGGUGUACAAUCCAACCUCUAUUGCCCUCCGGUAUUGCAAAUCAAGCUUCAUUUUCGAUCUCCUUGGUUGCUUCCCAUGGGAUGUCAUCUAUAAGGCUUGUGGCAGUAGAGAGGAAGUAAGAUCCCUAUUGUGGAUUCGCUUAACACGAGCUCUGAAGGUCACGGAAUUUUUUAAGGAUUUGGAAAAGGACAUCCGUGUGAAUUAUCUGUUUACAAGGAUAGUAAAACUCAUUGUUGUGGAGCUCUACUGUACACACACAGCAGCCUGUAUCUUCUAUUACCUGGCCACAACACUACCUGAAUCAAUGGAAGGAUAUACGUGGAUAGGGAGUUUGAAGUUAGGAGACUACAGCUAUUCCAAUUUUAGAGAGAUUGAUCUUGCUAAGCGUUAUAUGACAUCGUUGUACUUCGCCAUUGUCACCAUGGCAACUGUUGGUUAUGGUGACAUUCAUGCUGUAAAUGUCAGGGAAAUGAUAUUUAUCAUGAUCUAUGUUUCCUUUGAUAUGAUUCUUGGAGCCUACCUCAUCGGUAACAUGACUGCACUGAUCGUGAAAGGCUCGAGAACAGAGCGAUUUCGUGACAAAAUGAAAGAAGUUAUCAGGUAUAUGAACAGAAAUAAACUUGGGAAGGAGAUAAGAGAACAGAUCAAGGGACAUUUGAGAUUGCAGUAUGAGAGCAGCUACACUGAAGCUUCGGUACUUCAGGAUAUCCCAAUUUCUAUUCGGGCAAAGAUUUCUCAAACACUGUACAAGCCAUACAUUGAAAGCACUCCACUGUUCAAAGGAUGUUCAGCAGAGUUCAUUCAACAGAUUGUUAUCAGGCUGCAAGAAGAGUUCUUCCUACCAGGAGAGGUUAUUUUGGAGCAAGGAAGUGCAGUUGAUCAGAUAUACUUUGUCUGUCAUGGUGAACUGGAAGGUGUCGGCAUUGGUGAAGAUGGUCAAGAGGAGACUCUUUUGAUGUUGGAGCCUGAGAGUUCUUUCGGAGAAAUUGCUAUUCUUUGCAACAUUCCACAGCCCUACAGUGUUCGUGUUUGUGAGCUUUGCAGGCUCUUACGGCUAGAUAAACAGUCCUUCACAAACAUAUUGGAGAUCUAUUUCGUUGACGGAAGAAAAAUUUUGAGCAACCUUACUGAGAACAAUGAAUACGGCGGGCGGGUCAAACAGCUAGAAUCAGACAUCACAUUCCAUAUAGGGAAGCAAGAGGCUGAGCUGACCUUACGAGUAAAUAGUGCCGCCUUUUACGGCGACCUUCAUCAGCUGAAGGGUUUGAUCCGAGCAGGAGCUGACCCGAAGAACACUGAUUAUGAUGGGCGAUCUCCUUUGCAUCUUGCGGCUUCGAAAGGGUAUGAAGAUGUUGCGCAGUUCCUUAUCCAUGAAGGGGCUGAUAUCAACCUUAUCGAUAAAUUUGGGAACACACCAUUACUGGAAGCAGUGAAGCAGGGGCAUGACCGGGUGGCCACAUUGCUCUUCAAGAAAGGAGCCAUCCUGAACCUUCAGAAUGCCGGUAGCCAUCUCUGCUCAGCAGUUUCAAAGGGGGACUCUGAUUUCAUUCGGAGGGCUCUAGCUUGCGGCGCCGAUCCAGACUCGAAAGACUACGACCACCGCAGUCCUCUCCACAUAGCAGCAGCAGAGGGCUUGUAUAUGAUGGCCAAGUUGCUUGUAGAAGCAGGCGCAAGCGUGUUCGCAACAGACAGAUGGGGCACGACGCCGCUGGACGAAGGGCGAAAGUCCGGCAGCAAGCCGCUUAUGAUGUUGCUGGAACAAGCGAAAGCCGAGGAGCUAUCCAAGUUCCCCGCGCGCAGUGAAGAAGUGAGAGAUAAAAUGCACCCGCGACGAUGCUCCGUGUUCCCGAACCAUCCCUGGGACACUGACGGCAAGCGAAAAGAGGGGGUGACCCUGUGGAUUCCUCACACGAUAGAUUGGCUCAUCAGGUCGGCCCAGGAGAAGCUGGGCUUGUCCGGGUCAUGCCUGCGCUUGCUCGGCGAGGAUGGCGCCAGGGUCCAGGACGUCGACAUGGUCAAUGAUGGCCAGAAGCUCUAUCUGGUCGGAGACGAGGACGUGGGAAGGAGCGAGUAGAAGAAGGUGCUUCUUUUCGGGCGGCGAAAGAAGAUCAGAAUCGUAUUGUCCUUGCAGUAAUUUUUCUUUUUUUUUGGUACGAGUUCCCUAGCAUUGCGUGCUUUUCGAUCUCCCUGGCCUUUUUUGGCUGUAUGCGAGGUGUUGUGCCGAUGUGUAGAUAUAAAGCAACGAAGGCAAUUUCCGAUGAUGUACAGAUUGUAGUUGCAAAAGAAAUAAGAUGUUGUAUGAUC